CCUCCACCCUCCCUGACCCAACCCACUCCAACCCCAACCAUGUCCACCCACCCUGAACCAACCAACUUCAACCCCAUCCACCCCAUCCACCUCCAUCUCCUCUCCCACUCCCAUUAACCAGCCUCAACCGCACUGCAACAACUCUGUCAUCAUAUCCCAAUUGGGCAGAUCGAUGCUCAUGAUGUAAAUCACCGGAUUGUCUGGUCCAGACUCGAUUAUUUACAGACCGCCAUUAUUUUUCAGCAGAACCUGGAUAUAACAAAAACACAGACAGAGCAAACAAACAAAUACAAUGAAAUGUUACAAAAAUUACAAAUUGCUCUAUUAUAACAAACAAACUCUUUACAGCAAAUUAACAUACACAGCUAACUGAUAUUUGAUCCCCGACAAGCCCACAUACAAAUAAUUAGAGUUAGUGUCCUUGACAAUUGUCUAAACCCAAUCAAAACAGCUCAGUCAAUGAGAAUCAGCACAAUCAGUGGUGAUACCUGAUUAAACCUUAUUAAAUUUGUUUUUGUUAACCUUACCUUCGACUAAUCUUCUCCGUACCAUUAACAUUAAACAUAUAAAUGCUGCAAUUAUUGUGUUUUGUGUAAUCGAAGAUGGCGGAUGUGUCCGAGAGAAAAUGUGUAUAACGAACAACAUAUAAAACAAAUUGAUUUCUCUUGUCCCCUGUACUUUUGUGUUUAUGUUCUACUGUAGCUGGAAUUUUGCUGAGUGUGAAGUUAAACAACAAACAAUAUAUAAUACUAAAUUUGAGUUUCAUAACAGUAUGAAUUAUCUGGUCUCUGUCCAGACAUGAUGGGUAUUGUUCACAGUAUUGAUUGGCACUAUUACACAACAAAUCAGGGAUUACAAGUUUAUUUGAUGUGAAUGAUAUAUUGUACAUGACAAAACAGCCAUCAAUGAUGGCAGACCUAUUCCCAGUGGUGUACAAGAGUUAGCAGGCUGUACCUGAACAGAUCAAUACAUAGCAGGGGAGCCACCCGAUUGGUCAGAACCCAGUCGUGAUGUCGCUAUAGAGGAUAAUUGGGAGGAUUGUGGAGACACGUGAUAUCCUGCUGUAUGGCUUCUCUUAACGAGCUUACCACACGGGAUUAUGGCCAUGGGGAGCGCUGGUAACUGUGAGAUACAGAAACUUCAUGUAAAGCUGAAGCAAAUUCAGAAUUGCCAGAACUUAAUGUGGAAGGAAAGCCUGAAGUGAUACAGGUCUUAGACAUUUACCAUUUCUGUGAAACCCAUGAGCAUGGGUAUGGUGCUGACAAACCAUUGGCAAUUGACAAUUGGGGCUAACCAGGAUUCAAAACCACAAUCAUUUUUUUCUGGCGUGCCCCGGGGACGCAACUCUGCGCAGUGAAUUGCGGCACCUCAGACGACUGGGCCACACGUGCCCCUUGCCAGAACUGAAACAUUAAUUAACAUUUGUACCCCUGUCAAGAUGUUGUGGAAGGCUAUUCAUGGGUCUGAUUCAAAUUAUACGCAAGGUAUGGUGGACACUCUGAAGACCUUCAGAAAUGUUUCUGUAGUUGAAGAUGCUGGAAAUCAUCUGUCGGAGAGGAACAGUACUUCUUCAAUGGAGGAGUUCACGAUGACAAAGGUGCUGUUCAUUCUGUAUCUGACCCUCCUGGCUCUCGGCAUCAUUACUGGGAACACAGUGGUCAUCGUGGCUGUCAUGAAGUUUCACUUCCUGCAACAAUUCCGGUAUAUCCUGUUAGUGUCUUUGUCCGUUGCCGACCUGCUUCAAGGAACAGUGACAGUUCCACUGUACAUUACAUGGUCGGUAGUGCCAAGCCUGUUUCGGAACGAAACAUUGUGUCAUGUGACUUUACUGAGUUGUCUGAUGGUUGUCACAGCUUCCAUCUUGAACUUGACUGUCGUCACAAUCAAUCACUAUUUGGCGAUCUGCUAUCCCUUGUGGCACCAUCGGAUUAUUUCCCUGAAACCACACCUACUACCUUUGGUUAUAGCUUUGGUGUGGAUGAUCAGUAUUCUCACAACAGGGUUGUCCCAUUUUGCGAUGAACACAGAGUUUGAGGAGUGUAUUUAUUACAAAGUUUUCGACAAGACAUUUCUGCUUGUGUCGGUGAUAGCGGGAGCUUUAGUCCCAUUUGCUUGCUUGGCUUAUUCCCAUCUGAGAAUUUUCCUGAUAUCGAGAGAUUUGGACAUGAAGUAUCGAGAACAGACCUUGAGAGUCCAGAGUCAGACCUUCUUGUCACCCCGUAACCAAUGUCGACGAGGUUCCAGUCAUCUGCUUCAGACAACCAAAACUAUCAUCAUUGUAGUCACCUGCUUUCUGUUUGCUUGGCUUCCGUUCUCAGCUCUGAUUCUUGUCUUUACCUUUUGCGAGUCCUGUGAACCAGGCCAUGCAAUGGAUGUGGUGCUUCACCUGGCUUUUACAAACUCAGUAUUGAACCCUAUAAUCUACGCCCUGUGUCAUAGCAGUUUUAAGACUGCUUAUCUAAAACUGUUUAGGUGCAGAUUGACUCCACCAUCAAAUAGAUGAAGACGAUGGAAUGUAGGAUGUUCUUGCUGUGAAUGUACUUCCAGUAAUUUUCUCUAUCGUGAAAAAUUGAAUAAUGCUUUCUUGAUAUCCCAUAUGGUUAAUUAUGUCGAUGGAUCUCAAUUUAUGUAAGUGUUUAGGUGCAGAUUGACUCCACCAUCAAAUAGAUGAAGACGAUGAAAUGUAGGAUGUUCUUGCUGUGAAUGUACUUCCAGUAAUUUUCUCUAUCGUGAAAAAUUGAAUAAUGCUCUCUUGAUAUCCCAUAUGGUUAAUUAUGUCGAUGGAUCUCAAUUUAUGUAAGUGUUGAAUCUACAGAUUGAAGGACAGUUUAAAUCUUGCAAUAAGUAAGGCCCGAAACAGUCAUCCAGUAGUCAAUGCCCUUAUAAGUUUACAAACUUCAGGUACAUUCAGUGCAAGGGCCUUGGAGCUGUUUUAUCGUUGGACUUAACAGCCUUUUGUUCAAGGACUGUUGAACGAUUUUGUUCACUGACUUAAGGAAUAUUUAGUUCAUUGAAUUCAGCAGCAAUAGUUAGUUCAAAGAUGUCAUGAACUGUCAGUUUGCAACGUGGAAGAAAGCCAUUAUAUAUUGCUCCAACGCACCUCUCCAUAACACACAGAAGCAAUGGUAGGACAAGGUAUUGGUGGGUGUUGUUUAGCUUUACAUGUGUUUUGUACAGCAUUUCUAUUGAAAAAUAAUAUUCUCAUGGUUUGCCAACAUAGUGCAGAUACUAGAGACGAUAUCAUGCCUGAUCUAUUGUACAUUGUGUAUUGUGAAGAGGACAUCUCACCUGGGUGUCUUUUGAUACCAAAUCAAUACCAAAUCCAUGCUCGUCAGUAGAAGUUUGAAACACCGAGGCUUCUUGAUUCUCUAUUCAGGUUAAACGAGGAGUAUUUAUAACAGAAUAAGGUAUGUCAUCUUUUCUAGUACCCGGUAUAUGUAUUUUGAGUCAAUAAAUGUUUUAAACUCUGAGGCUUGCCAAGGAGUUUAAAACCUAUAUUGGCAAGUGUUGAUAUAUUUAACAUACAAAAGACAAGCGUGAGAUUCUAUUUAUCAUCCAAAAAUCAUUCUUCUAACCUUUGGUCUGCAAAGGUUUGUGAUGCAAUUUCAUUGUAGUGAUCACUUGAUCAGUCUGGUGGGGAACUGGUGCCUUUUGAUGAUUUGGGAUGUAUAUUUUUUAUUUUUUGUUUUGUUUUCAAGAAUUUUCAUGAUGAAAACAAGUUGUUUUCUGUUUGUGGAACAGAACUCCAAAACUGUUGACUAUUUCUGGAUGAAACUUGCUAAGCAGAUCAGUCUAGUGGGGAACUGGUGCCUUUCGAUGAUUUGGAUUUUUUAUAUGUAUAUGUUUUUUUUAUGUUUUGAUGACGACAAGAUGGACUUUACUGAAAAUGAGGGUAGUGCUCGUUUCCCGAGCAGAACUCCAAAACGUUGAAUAUUUCUAGGUGUAUCUUGCUAUACAGAUCAGUCUGGUGGUGAACUGGAGCCUUUUGAUAGUUUGGGAUUUUGAAAAAUACUGAACAGGAUUAUUUAUUUUUUUACUGAACUGAAGGUAUCCAAUGGCAAUGAACCUAAAGUAGGGUGUAAGUAGCACCGAAUUGCACCAGAACGAGGGAUAUGUCAUCUCCUGAUGACUUGUGUUUCUUGAUGAGAAUCCUCAACCUUUACCCAGAGCUCAAAUUGAGCAUUCUCGCUGGUAACUCUGAUUUACAACUGAUUCAGUAGAGAAUAGUUCACACAGUGUAGUAAUUGCCUCAGGUCCAUGGACCACAAUUAACUGGUUCAGUAGUUGGUUUGGGCAGCAAUCUUAGUGCUUUUAGCCAACAGACAGUGGCCACAAAGUGGUUCAAAUCUUUGCCAUAUCCAUGUACAAAUGUGCAUGCAUAACAUCCUUAAUCACAAAUGUAAGUAAACAUAGAUAUGUCUAUACCUGACGAGUUUGUUUAUUGGUUGAUACAAAGGAUCACAAACUGCUCUGCUGUUUUUGAUUUGGCAAGAAUCACCGUAUAGACUUGGUUCAGUACAUGUUAUCCUACCCUGAUGUAUUGCCAUACCAAGGGCCAAUGAAAGCUAUGUUUAGUAGGGCUGGGGUGGGUAACUCGGGUACUCGGGUCGGGUGGGUCCUGAGUAGGAUCCUGGGUACCCACAGGACU